CGGAGCGGGUCCGGCCCCCUCCCAGCUAUCAGAGGACUGUGGGCCGACACUUCCGGUAGCUGCGCAGGAGCUCCGAUCAAGAUCACUGUUGUCAGAAAGGAUGGAGUUAGGAAAAGGGAGAUUGCUCAGGACUGGACUGAACGCAUUGCAUGAAGCCUUACACCCCACCCACGGGCUUGCCUGGACCAAUGGAAAUCAAGUUGUCCUGACUGAGUUACAGCUUCACAGUGGAGAGGUCAAGCUUGGGGACUCCAGAAUCCUUGGUCAGUUUGAACACGUCUGGGGCGUCUCCUGGGCCCCUCCUGACCCAGCUGGCAUGCCCGCUCUGCUUGCUGUCCAGCAUAAGGACCGUGUAACCGUGUGGCAGCUGUGUCCCACCACUACAGGGUCAAGCAAAUGGCUGAUGUCUCAGACCACCGAGAUUAGAGAGUCUCUCCCUGUCCUUCCCCAGGGCUGUGUGUGGCACCCGAAAAACACUGUCCUAACUGUGCUGACUGCACAUGAUGCCUCCGUCUUCCCCAGUGUUCACUGUGACAGCUCCCGGGUGAGGGUGGACAUCGGCACCCAAGGCCGCAUUCACUGUGCAUGUUGGACCCGGGACGGCCAGAGGCUCGUGCUAGCAGUAGGCAGCUGCCUUCAGUCUUACGUCUGGGCCAGUGCUCAGAAGACACUUCACAGGUGCUCCUCCUGCCCCCUCUUCAAUGUGGACAGCCGUGUCUGCUCCAUCAGGGCCACUGUGGGCUCAGAGGUUGCUGUCACCACGGAGCUUCCACUAGCUAAGAUUUGUAGCUUAAAUGCAUCUGACACCGUUGAUGUCCCAACUAAUGGUGAAUACGCUGGUCUGCACAUUUCUCCAGCUGGUAGUGAGAGGUCCUCUGUGGAUGAGGAGGCAGCUGCUUCUGAAACAGAUUCUGAAGUACCAGCUUCUCCUUCCUUUUCAGAUCUUCUGGAUCUGACUCAUUUACAUUUCAGCCGACCCUGGUCUGAGGGAAGUGCUCUUAUUUGUCUAAGAAAAAAGGACUACUUGACAGGAACGGGCCAGGAUUCCUCUCAUUUGGUCCUUGUGACCUUUGGGAAAGAGGUUACCACGGCCAGAAAAGUCAUUAUUCCAGGCAUUCUAGUUCCUGAUCUGAUAGCAUUUAAUCUCAAAACACAGGUAGUGGCAGUGGCUUCUAAUACUUGUAAUAUAAUUUUGAUCUAUUCUGUCACUUCGUCUUCAAUGCCAAAUGUCCAGCAGAUUCAUUUAGAGACUGACGAAAGACCAAAAGGCAUAAGUUUCAUGACAGACAAACUAUUACUAAUUUUGGUAGGAAAACAAAAGUCCACUGAUGCGGCAUUUCUUCCUUCAUCAGAGUCUGACCAGUAUGUCAUUCGCUUGGUUGUUAGAGAAGUCAUGUGGGAAGAAGAAUCCUCGGUAACAUCUAAUGAAACCCAGAGUGCUGAUGCCACUUUCAAUGGUCUGUUAAACAAAGCAAAUGGAAAAAAGUUAAUUGAAAGUCUUUCCCCAGUUUAUUGUCAUCAAAACAGAGAGCUCUUGUUAACAGCAAACACCAAUAGUCCGGGUACAAAGCCUGGGAAAACUCUUAUUGAAGAAAUUAAAAGUCCCCCUUCCAGUAUCCUGGAUGGUUCCAUUGCCCUGGAAACACUGCAUAGGGCUUCCUGGGCCCAGGGAGUACUGCCCAGACUCACCAGCAUGCCAGAACCUCCAAAUGUUCCUCAAAGAGAGAAAUUGGGGAAGGAAACUAGCCAACUAACUAAGGACCUGGAAAUUUUAUCUAGGAACGUGACUGAAAUACAGCAAUGUCUUUUUGAACUCAGGGAUUUUCUAUACAAUAGGAAGAAAUUGUCUCCAGUAUAUCCCUCCUCUAAGGAUCCCCCUUAUGUUCACAUCAUUUACCAGAAACCUAGCUAUGUGGGUCCUGUUGAAAAAAGAGCGGUGCUUCUCUGCAGUGGCAAACUGAGGCUCGGUGUGAUUCAGCAGAUGUUUGGUCUCUCUCUCGUUGAAAUGCUGCACGACUCUCACUGGAUCCUGCUCUCUGCUGACAGCGAAGGCUUCAUUCCUUUAACUUUCACAGCCACCCAGGUGCUCAUUGUGCGGGAUGGUGGCCCGCCCAGCUCCGAGGUCUCCAGGGACUCUCUUUCUCACAGCCAGGACCCUGCCCCUUCUUCCAAAGGCUGUGGAGACCUUGCUGCGCGGAACCAGGACACCCCCAGCUGUCCUCGCCGCAUGGAUGGUGCGGCCUGAUCCCUGGUCCCCGUGAGACUGAGGAGCAGGUCGGGCUGCACCAUGGACUCCGGGGAGUCUCGAAGUGUCACAGGGGAAGCACUGUGGUCGGGGCUCUGCCGUUCUUCCCUGGGCUGCGGCAUGCUGGCCGGUGGCAGCACUCAGUGUCUCUGUGAGAUGGCUCAGAAAGCGGUCGCUUUCGUGUUUGUGACCCUGGAGUUGCAUCUAAGGGCGGAGCUCCUAGGGCAGAGCCACACUGAUGCCCUGUGACUUGUGUUUUACGGUUUCUCCGAGGCUUUGUGUCCCUUGUCCAAAGCAGUGUUAAUGCCGUAUUAGGGUCAGCACUGUCGCUCAUCUUAGCUCUAAGACGAGGGCCAGGUGUGCUGUGCGGAGCAGUGAGCAUAUGCUGCAGCGUGUUUCCAGCCUCAGAGCAGCAGGAAUCAGUAGCAUGCAAAGGAGGCCAAACACUGACUUCUGCCGCCAGGGGUUCCUGGUGCUGGAGGUGGUUCUGACAUUGGCCUUUCCUCCCAGGAUUUAAACCUAAUGCUGUGCCUGCCUGUAAUCCCAGCACUCGGGAGGCUGAGACAAGGGGAUCGCUAUGAGUUUGAGGCCAGCCUGGGCUAC